UUUUGCCAAUGACGGUAGUGCUGUUAUAGAGCGAACAAUUGAAGUUCGUAGCAAAAAGCUGGCGAAAUCAAAGGAAGAAUUGGAGUAUAUUUAUGAAAUCGAGCGUACUGUAGAAAUAGUUUUGAGUGGAGGCUAUGAAAGAAUCGCACUUCAAUUCCCGGACGAGCUAUUAGCUGAUUCAGCUGAAAUUACGACAGUAUUGCACGAUCGAACUCGGAAAAAAAUCUUUGUUUUGGCUGACACAUCUUAUGGCAGCUGUUGCGUUGAUGAAGUUGCAGCUCAACACGCUAGUGCUGAAUGCAUUGUCCAUUAUGGCCACAUUGAUCAUUGCUUAGAAGUAUUCGAUGGCUUGUUUUGUCAAGAUAAAACUAUAAAAAUCAUCAUCAUGUAUGAUGUAGUAUAUUCUUACUGCAUCGACAAAUUCAUGCACAAAGUGCGAAAAGAUUUGAAAUACACAAAUGUUAUUCAAUCUUUCGUCAAGACGGAUUGUAAUAUAUCACAAGGAUUAAAAGAUAUGAAUAGUCCUCAACUCAACGGAAGAUAUUAUAAACUUCUUGAGGGAACAAGCAUUGAAUCUUACACAAUCUUUUAUAUUGGAGAAGAAAGCGCAACAUUAGUAAACAUCUUGCUGACAUACAAUAAGUGUAAAGUACGUGGACACCAAGAAUCACUACCGAAAAAUAAAUCUUUAAUGAGACGGUUUUACAUGGUUCAAAAAGCUAAAGACGCAGACGUCAUUGGCAUAGUGGUGGGUACCUUAGGUGUAGAAAUAAUGCGUCCUUUGUUAUACUCUGGACCACCAUCUUAA